CUCUCCAAUAACUGGCGCUGAUUUCACUAGCUGGUAGCUUUUUGGGUGACGGCGGACUGAACAUGUCGAGCUCUUCCUUUCUACCUGUUUCUGGUGGGGCCGAUGCUCAACAGCGCCGGAAGGAGAUCAGAAGGCUGGACCGACUCCCAUCCGAGAUCAUCCAGCGAAUCGCUCUUGAGUUACUGGAGGGCGAAGACACGAUCCAGAUUUGCUAUUCUGAAUUUCGUCGCAACGGACGUCUAGGACCAACGCACUCCAUCUUGGCGUUCUCUGCAACUUGUAGGCGGAUCCGACAAGCCGUCAAAUUCCCGCGUAUCUCUUGCUUGAUGAUACUCGGACUGGCGGAAGAAGCAAUACCUUGGCAGCAGUUGUUACCUCUGACACUAGCACCGCGCGUGCGGAGACUAGAAGUCUGUUUCAUGGAAUCGAAGGAUGGCACCGUAGCUCGAUGCAGAUCUAUUGUCAUUCAGGAGAUUGCACGACACAUGCCUGAGCUGGAGGAGCUCAUCAUCAGCCACGACCGAGUCGUUGGUAUGUUUGAACAACAGUUCCCGUCCAACGAUCUCUCACAGCGAUUGGCCAGCGAUAACACUGUCCACAAGUCUGCAGAUGAAAACAAUGCGCGGCUUCAAAAGCUCGCGAGACUGGAACUCCAUGGUCCGAGGAUGCCAUGCAAUAUAUGUAUCAAGAAGUGGAUACUGUCCAGUGCACCUCCGCUGUCGGAGCUCAAAAUCGACUAUCCAUACUCCCGGUCGUUUCUCGUCCCCGGUGGCGGCGAGGCUAUCUCACGUCCUGAUUCAGACGACAUGGAGCAACAUACACUCAACAGCGUUACGUGGCUGUCUGUCCCUCUACAGUGCAAUCUCAACCUUAGACUCGAUGUCAUAUCAAGACAGGUUCAAAAUACCUUUGAUGUGAUCGCCAGACAGUGCCCAAACCUGACGUAUUUAGUCUUCAAUACAGCCAGAGAUGUCCAUCUAUGGCCAGAGAUCAUGGUCUCCAAUGGGAACACCGGUCAACUAUCUCUGACGUAUGCCUCGCGUCGGUAUGCUCUCAACACAGAUAGCCCUCUUAUCUCUGGUCUCUCCGGUCUCAAACACCUGUCACGCAUUGGACCUUUGGUCAGUUUAUCAGUCUUCUCUCAGGAGCCUGAAGACCUUGGCGCCUCGGAACGACUCGCGCUGAAAGCGAUCAUUGUUUUGGCUAGGUUGUACAAGAAGGUGUGUCCGACACUUCGAAAUGGUGGCAAUUGGGUUUUCAUGGCCAGGUUCGACCAGGAAGGCAACGAAGAGGACAACUGGUCUACUUGGUAUGAAUGGGUGUUCAAGGAUGUUGGCGAGACUGAGGUACUCUAUGUGGAUCAUCCUGGUAUCAUCAUCAAGUCUAAUCCAACGUAUUACCGAUUCCGCGAGCCAAGGGUCCUGAACCUUGUACCAGAAACAGAUAUUGAAGCGCUGGGAUGAUGCGGGUCAACUAGCAACUUCUGGAAUCCAUAGUCAUGGUGAUACACCUCGGUGGCCCAUUGUCGCAGACGACAUCGCCUCAUCGUACCGUCGAAAAGCAAAACGACCAUCAUGUCUUUCCAAGUAGUUUUGCAUGCGUCUGGCCUAGUAUUCUGGGUGAGCAGAGCACGGUACUCAUCAGCAAGGCUACGCCAAACUCGUCCUCAAGGUCUCAGAGUGAAUCAUCAAUCGCAGUCCAUUCCCAAUUUGAGGACUCGGUAAGAUGCAGGAGAAACACGUCCAGGGUGGAGACGGAGACAGAUAUUACCCGUCUGGCAGGCACCAAGCUUGAUCCAUGCAUGAGGGGGAUAUGCAUCUCAUGACGCAAAU